AUGGACCGAGCCGUUGCUACAAGAAGCCGAACUGGCUGUAUAAAUUGCAGGAAGGGUCGGGUCCGUUGCGACGAGAAAAAGCCUGAUUGCACUACUUGCCUAGCUAAAAAGAAAACAUGCUCGUACAGCCUAGCUAGGCUUCCGCUUCGUGAUCGUAGAGCACAAGCAUUGCCAGGAGAACAAACUCCUUGGGCUCUUCCAGUCUCUCACCCACAUCAAACAUACCCUCCGGCAAAGAAAGAGUCAAAUGGCAGAAAGAAAAAACAACCAAUAGAAAAGGAAAUGAUGAUACGCCGAUGGAAACUGCCUCGAUCAGACGCCGUAGAUCCGUUCAACGUUCUCCCGAUCAAGAUGCCUUUCAAUUCCAAAGAAUUGCUUCACUAUUAUCACCAAGCUGUUGGGAGAUUUAGUGGGUUAACACCACACCAGAUCAAUGCUUGUGUUGGCUCGGCGGUCAAGACACCAGUGGCGCUUCGAAACACGCUCAUUGUUGCUGGAGUUCAUCAUGUUUGGAACACUGGGGAGCUUCAAUCUUUCAAAAGCGCCUUCCUUUCCCACAAGCUCCACGGCGUACAUCAAGUAAACGGAUGGCUGAAUAAAACACCGGACACAGCCACUUUCUUCAAGUGCUGUCAAAUAAUUGCUACAUUAUGUAUUACAGAGUGUUGCGUUAAGAAUUUCGCAGUUGCCGAUGCACAUUUAGCAGGUCUCUUGGCAUAUAUGGAUCAUUUUUCGGCUGCCAAACCCGACUUUGAUCUCACCCGAAGCAUCGAAGGAGAGCUCUUGAAUAGAUAUUUCAUCUUAGCCUUCAACAUCAUGCAUGGUCUGAAGAGUCAAGUCAAUGACUUCAUCAGAAUGAUACCUAAAUCAAGCGAUCCUCAGCGAUCAAUAGAUAGGAAAAAACUUAGGGACAUGAUUUAUAAUGCCCACACAAAUGAGGAAGAGCGCCUGUCACGACUGAAGGGAGUAUCGCUAUUUCCAUUCUUCUUCCUCCCUCUCGAGGCUGUGAAGAAGCCAUUCCGCCAUGUUGACGUUGGCACUAUGCUUGAGUCUCUCCGAGAUGUCACAAAAGCGUAUGAUAUGAGGUUUAAACGGCCUUCGCGAGAUGGUCUCGUUGAUUCUCUGUAUCAUCUGUGGUAUAGCGGCGCGCCUUCUAAAAUGUUUGUUGCAUCCAUUGAUGCACACGCUAAGUCGAUUUCCCAUUAUCCCGACCCUUCUACCCAGGGGAAUGACUCGUUGCUAUCUUCGUGGUCGGGGUUCAAUGUCGCUGAGGGAAUGUACCUUACCUCUGUACUGGGGAUCUGGAAUUCGGGCUCACCCCCUGAGACGCCACUUCAUACACGUGGCCUUCUUAUCCUUGAGAGGGAUCUGCAGACUGAACUAGUAGAACUUGACACAAGAGGAGAGCAAGAGCGGGCGUUGUGGCUUUGGAAGUUGUUUGUCGGGACCCUCAGCAUAGCCCACGCCGAUGUACAGUCACGGAAGAGCUUCUUUCAAGGGUUAAGUGCGCGUUUCUCCCAGCUAAUCCGGAGAUGGAUUGAUUUAAGGGAAAGGGAAUCAAUCCAGUGGAAAAAUGCUAGGGAGGUGCUCAGUAGUAUCACUUGGCCGGUGCAUUUUCAGAAGGAAGAAAUAGCUCGUCAGCUCUGGUGUAGUGCGAUUUUGGGGGAUGAGUAG